CGACAAAGCUGAAAUACCCAUCCAGGCUGAUGGGCAAAUUUGAUGAUGAAUGCUUACACCCGCGUGGUGUUUUUGAGCAACAAGGCACUGCCAGUUCUGAGCAGGCAUGCCACUCCAGCUGUCACUGGCAAGGUUGUUGAAUCCUAUCCCGAGAUCACUCCACACCACCAAGUCGUAAACUCGUGUCUGAAAAGUAUAAGAAAGCAUCUCAUUUCCCGUGAACUUUCUCGGGAGUGACUGAGCCCAAGCAUAAACACAACUACUCGGUCACACAGAAUCUCAGACAAGACGUUGGCAGCCAUUCUUGCCACCUACACACACAAUAUUUAAUUCCUACACCUAUUACAAACCAAGAAACAGAAUGCGCUUCUUCAGCACAGCCUUCAGCCUGGCGGUGGCGGCCACCGUCUCCAACGCCAUGCCCGUCGACUCGAGCAGCCCGGAGGUUCAAGCAGCAACAACAGCCGUCGACUGGUAUCAGGGAAGCCUGACAUUCUCCGGCACGUCCGCGGUGAUCGACUCGAGCGGGUCCUGUGGCACCAAGGUCAGCAGUGGAACGAUGACGGCUGGUGCGUGCAAGAAGCUCUCGACAUAUGGCUUCGGUCUGCACCACAACCCAGACCAGGCCUGCAACUACAGGCUGUGGACAGGCAACACAGACUGCUCCGGAACCGGCUUCACGGAUAUCCCAAUCCCAGCGGGGUCCGAUGUAACCUGCAUCAACGAUGGCGUCCUGGACGGUGGGAAAUGGUACCUGGCUUCUGGUAUUUACUCGUGCGAGUAAGCGGGACAGGCCCAUGGGGAUAAUGUGGAUAACAGAAUUGGUAAUCUGGGCUGGCGAUAGACAUAGACAUGAGUGACGACGUUUCAAGAGAGCGUGCUUUACAAAAUAAUACUGAUUCUCACC